UAAAAGUGUAGAACCAGCGAGCGAGUGGACCAAAAAAUAAAAAAGACAAGGAAACAACAACAACAACAACAACAUCAAACAGUACAAGUGAAGCAGAAGCGAAAAAAGUGAGAGAAGCCUAAUUACACAUUUCUGAUGCUCUGCUUUUUAUGAGUCUUAAACCGUACUACGUCUCUGUUGAACACAAUAGAGUAGUACAACAACUACUCUAGGAGAGCGUAGAUUAUUAUUACUCAAAAAAAAAAAAAAAAGCAGAAGAAGAAGAAAGAAAAUAGUUCAGUUCCAUUCAGAGAUUGAACAUCAAGAAGAAGAAGAGGAAGAAGAAGAUAUGGGUAUAUUACACGACGAUGUAGUGAUAAUCAGGCCUGCAGAGAGAGAAGGGGAAGCAAGCUUGAUUACUGUGAAUUGCCCUGACAAGACCGGAUUAGGCUGCGACCUGUGUCGCAUCAUUCUCUUCUUUGGUUUGAGCAUUGUUAGAGGAGAUGUAUCUACGGAUGGGAAGUGGUGCUACUUAGUGUUCUGGGUGGAGGGAAAAUCAACAACGAGGUGGAGUUUGUUGAAGAAGAGGCUUGUGGGGGUUUGUCCUUCUUGUUCUUCAGCUUCUGGGAUUUCCUUUUACCGCUCUGAAUUGCAGCCACCAAGGCCUCCAGAUGUGUUCCUUCUAAAGUUCUGUUGUUAUGAUCGAAAAGGGCUUUUACAUGAUGUGACGGCGGUUCUUUGUGAGCUUGAGCUUAUUAUAAAGAAAGUGAAGGUAUCCACCACCCCGGAUGGGAGAGUGAUGGACCUCUUUUUCAUCACAGACACAAGGGAGCUUCUACACACAAAGAAGAGGCAGGAGGACACAUGUGGUCGCUUAAAUGAUGUUCUGGGGGAUGCUGUUAUUAGUUGUGAUAUUGAAAUGGUUGUUCCUGAAAUUACUGCUUGUUCACAGACGUCUUCAUUUCUUCCAUCUGCAAUCACAGAAGACAUGUUUAACUUGGAAAUGCCUGACGAACUCCCCAGUGGAAUUAAAACCUCUGAAAGUAUUUCCAUCACAAUGGAUAACACGUUGAGUCCUGCUCACACGCUUGUCCAAAUCAUUUGUCAUGAUCACAAAGGUCUUCUUUAUGACAUAAUGAGAACUCUAAAGGAUUACAAUAUUCAGAUUUCUUAUGGGCGCUUCUCUAUAAAACAAAGAGGAAAGUGUGAGAUCGACUUGUUCAUUGUGCAAACAGAUGGGAAGAAGAUAGUUGACCCUAGCAAGCAAAAUGCAUUGUCAUCUCGUCUGCGGAUGGAACUAUAUCAUCCUCUCAGAGUAGCUGUUGUCAGUCGAGGUCCCGAUACAGAGCUGCUAGUUGCAAACCCAGUGGAGUUAUCUGGCAAGGGUCGACCUCUUGUUUUCUAUGACAUCACCCUUGCUCUCAAGAUGCUUAAUACUUGCAUCUUUUUGGCUGAAAUUGGGAGGCACAUUAUUGGAGAUCGGGAAUGGGAAGUUUACAGAGUCCUGCUUGAUGAAGGGGAUGGCUUGUCUGUUCCUAGGAACGAGAUUGAGAGAGGGGUUUGGAAGAGGUUGAUGGGUUGGGAGUGAUAACUGUUGCAUUAUACCAUUCAGUCUAAAAUUUCCACGGGCUUCCUGUACAGGUUAAUUGUCCCUAUUAUUGUAUGACUACAGCUUUCGUCAUACUGUCUCUAGUGUACAAAAAUGAGAAGGUAAAGUACUGAGAAGAUAGGAGAACAAAGUUCUCAUAGCAUUGUAUACUUUAAUGUUAUGUAAAGUGGUAGUAGAUAUGGUGCUAUUUCAUUCACGUUCUAAUGAAAGUUGAAGCAUGUGCGGAUAAUGCUCAUUUGUGGAUUAA